GGGGGGUGCGGGAUGCGCAUGCGCCGCGGGGCACGAUGCCGGGCGAGGCGGUGACGCUGCAGCUGGGGCCGUACGCGGGCAGCGUGGGAGCGCACUGGUGGGGGCUGCAGGCCGCCGCGCUGCGCCGCCCCGCAGAGCCCCCCGAGCUCCGCUCCUCCGCGCUGCUGCGCUCUGCGCAGGCGCCGGGCGGGAGGGAGGAGCACGCCCCGCGGCUCGUGGCGCUGGAGCUGAAAGGCGGAGCGGGCGCGCUCGGGACCGGAGACGGGGGCGCGGAGGCUCCAGUGACCUGGAACGGGGCGGUCGCCGCUUACCUGGAGCACGGCCCGGGCGGGGCCUCCGGCGGCGCGGCUCAAGGUGCGAAAACAAAACCGGCUCCUUCUCACCCCAGGGGCGGUUGAGAGCUGCAGGAGCUUCCCUCUUCCCAUCUCGUUCCAGGUCCGGCUCCUGCCCCUUCCCCUCUCGCCGCUGCCCAGGACGUUCCCUCGGGCAGGAAUGCGCAGCUCUGGUCCCAUCACCUCAAUGUGCAGCUGCAUCCCAAGAGCCUCUACGUCAUCCGGCAGUACAUGCACGAUGGGGACUGCGGGUGUCUGGAAGCCUUUGCCCAAGGUGAAGGGCUCCUGCAGGACCCGGCCUGCAUGGAGGAGCUGGAGGAUCGCUUGCACUACUUCACUGAGGAGUGCGAUUCCCUUCAGGGCUUUCAGGUUCUCUGCGACCUCCACAGCGGCUUCUCGGGGGUGGGCGCCAAGGUGACGGAGCUGCUCUGUGAUGAGUACUCGGGGAAGGGAAUCCUGAGCUGGGGCUUGGCGCCAGCCCUGAGCAGCGUGGCUGAUCCCCAGCGGAGCGCGUACAGGCUGAUGAACACGGCCCUGGGCAUCGUCCAGCUCUCCACUCACAGCUCCCUCUUCUGCCCCCUGUCCCUCAGCGGGAGCCUGGGGCUCAAGCCACGGCCUCCUGUGACCUUCCCCUACCUCAGCUAUGAUGCCUCCCUCAGCUACCACAGCAGCGCCGUCCUGGCAGCGGCCCUCGAUACCCUCAGUGUUCCCUAUCGGCUCAGCUCCUCCCAGGGCUCCAUCCUGCACCUCGCUGAAACGCUCAACUUCUCGGGGAGGAAGGUUGCGGCUGCCUGGGCCUCUCUUCCCUUCCCUGCCCUCCACGGCUCCUCCCUCCGCGAUGCUUUGUGCGCGCACCAGGACGUGCCCUGGGAGCUCCUGGCUCCGUGCAGGGAGCGGAAGGGCAGCUCCUGCUUCGCUCAGUCCGUUGUGCUCCGAGGGCUCGGCAGGGGCAGACCCAGCAGCUCUGCAGGGAGCCAGCCCCGCUCUCCCCUCCGUGCCUGUGGGAGCUCUGAGCACGUCCUGCAGCGUUACUUACACACCGCGUUCCCUGGGGCCUUCAGCACAUCCCACGUGCUUGAGCAGCCCUGUUACACCCCAGCUCCGUACCCCCAGUUCUUCUCUCCUCGUCUCAGCAACCAAGGCUUCCUCCUGGAGCACGCUCCCACUUCCUCCCCAGCAGCUGUGGAGAGCAUCCCCGUGCUGGCAGCGCUGCGCUCUGCCCCCGUGCUCCACACGCUCCUCUAUGGCUUGUACAAGGACCUGCAGAGGCUGAACGCGCGGCGCUGCCCCAGUUUCUUCUCUGCUGGCGUGGAGCAGGAGGAGUUCCAGGAGGCCUUGGAGCAGCUGAGGACUCUGGCCCAGUGCUACGAAUGGGAGCUGGAAGCGCAGGGGUCCGGAGGUGAAGCAGACUCAGACUGA